AUGGACUCAUCUAGAUGGCACCAAGAGCCAUUCGACUGGGCUUCCCACGCCUAUCAUCUGCUCGCUCCUCGAGUUAACGUCAAAGGCCGCAUGGCGCUGGUUCUGCUGGUGGCCGUCAUUUGGGCAUUCUCCUGGCUUUUAUGGCGCGCCUAUUCAGUCAUCAAGACCCCGAACGAGAUCCUCGUGGAAAAGCUCGGCCUAGAUAUCCCACCCACGCCGCUCGUCACGCUCGAAGAAAUCUCCUCGCGCGAAGUUCAGAUCAGCUGGAAACAUGCGGAACCUUCGACCUCGGUGCAAGAACAUCAUAUCGAGGUCAACGGAAGGGUCAUAGGCACCACCAGGAAGAAUGAGAUGGGUGCCAUAAUAUCGAAUCUCAAUCCGGGCCACAUCUACGAUAUUCGCGUGUUUUGUAUCAGUGCCGGUACCUUUCAAACGCCGAGCGCUGCCCUACACGUCCGCCUUCCCGGGCCGUCGUCGACUUCCUCCCAGGACGGAUCGUCCGAAUCUACGCCUACAGUCAGAGCCAUCCCGGUUCGCAGUGCUCAAGCCCUGACACCUUUGGUUGCUCCGGCGAUGACUCGAGAAUUGAGCGGAGGAUUACCGACCAGCAGGAGAGUAACUUCAGGACGGAGACCUUCCCCCGCCAACCAUGGGUUUGAUUUACAACACGGGCCUGAUGGAUCAUCCAAAGGCGUCGAAGACGAAGUGGAUGGCGACCUUGCCGAGCUGUCCCAGCGAUUCCAAAAAGUGCAACAAGAUAUUGAGGCGGUGGAGGCUCAAAUUCAGGAAGAAGACAAAGAAUUCGAAACCGCUCUGAAGGAUCUGGAAGCGCGUCGUGACGAGCUAAAGCAGAGUUUGAAAGAGAGGGAUGAGGCCAGCAACGACCUGCGCAAGCAAGUCCACAAAGCGGAAACGGCGAGUCGGACAGCCCAGAGCGAAAAAACCAAAAAGGAACGACUCCUGCAACAGAAGGAAAACCAGCGCAGGAAGCGGAAAGAUGAGAUUGUCAAGUGGGAAGAUCAAAUCGCUUCGAUGAAGGAAGAAAUGGCCGGGAUCGAGACCCAAAAGGCGGCGAUUGAACGUAGAACGCAAAGCGAGCUGAGGGAGAUCCGAAAGAAGAUUGAGGAGGAACAAAAAGAGGUCGCGAUGUUGGAAGAAGACAACCGAGAGAAGGCACUUCAGAUCAAGGCUCUCGAAGAAGAGCGUCAACAGCUUAAUGUCGAGGACGAGACUGACGAAACCCGAGAGGCGGAACGUUUAGAUCGUGAACGGGAUCUGCGCUGGCGAGCCAGAUUCGAUGGCCUCCAGCAAACGUACGCAAGAUUGUGGAAUGACCUGCAACUGGCGAACCAACAGGUCAGCUACACCCGGGAGCAAAUCACUCAAUUGGAGUCGAGAAGGGCCAACUCGAUCGCAUUCGCGGCCCCAACUACGCUUGACCUCGACGCUCUCCGACGUGGGAUGCGGCCGGGUCGAAGACCAAGGCACACCAAUUCCCACGGCAGCAGCAUCUCGUCGCCACGUGGUCCUUUCGCCGGUCCAGAACCUUUUCCCUCGGGGUUUCAAUAUACAUCGAAUCCGACAAACGCAUCCCCUACGACUAUGGUCCCGAGUUAUUUCAAUCCUCAAAACGGGAUGACGUUGACCAUGCCGGUCGAAGUCCCUUCCUCGCAUGUUGAUGACGCUGAAACGGUCAGCUCGAUGCCCAUGAGUCCUCGGGCCGACUCCCUUUUGCCGGCCGAUCUCCUCGGGGACGAGUCCGCGGAUGAGCUGCCAGACACAGAUGAACCUGGGCGGUCAAAAGGUCCUUCGGAGGGAGUCACCCCAUUUCCCAUGAUUGGUUCACCCAUGUUGCACGAGAUCGCCCGUCGCACCGACACGCCUUCUGCGCAUUCGUCCUCGAGCAAGUCUUUCUCCAGUCCUCUUCAGACUUCGGCGCCGGCGGCUGAAUGCGAAAACAAGUCAUCCGACUCGGGAGGAACAUCGGAUCAGAAGACUGAAGAAGCGAUCGGCGAAGACGAGGAUGUUCAGCAACCCAGUAAGCCCAAGUACAUGUCGAUGUCGUCCAUGUUUGGUCUCAACCGGCAACGCGGUAAGACGCUUGCGGAUCAAGCACCGGCGCUUGGAUCUCUGAAGGCCGCGCAAAGUCGAUCGUUUCCCCGGAAUGUGGACGAGUUCGAUCCCGGUACGCAGCCUAGAAGGCGUUUGAGCUAUGGCGGCAACUGGGCUUUCCCAGGGACCCUUUUGCGUGGGAACGGCAACCCGGAAGAACGAGAUCAAGAAGCAUCGCGGUUCUCCUCAACUCGUCGUGCGUUUCUCGGGUUUGGUAAAUCUACUGGUGCUUCGGGAAGUUACGAUCCGUUUGCGGCGAGAUCUGGGUCCUUCGAUCCUGGUCUUCGAGCCGAGACAUCCUCGCCUCGGCCUUCUUCCACCUACUCCUUCGACAAGCUGCCGCGACCGUCGCUGGAAAGUCAGUUUCGGGCGUGGAAUAGUGAUAAACCUCCGAUCCGGAACAGUCCUCUGGCCCCGGAUUGGGGCUCCCUGCACUCGUUUUCGCGAAGCCACUCGCGCCGGCCGUCGUUCGUGUACAACUCCACCAGUAAUCUCUCCCUCCCGGCCGACGAGGAAGUCAUUGAGCCUGACCGGGUACCGAGUCGUCCAUUACAAGCGCCCAUCGGCACCCGUCCGGCAUCGUCACAGCAAGCUUCCACGCCGAAGCUGAACCCCGCGGCACCGUCUUUCACCAUGCUCUUUGGCAAGCGGGGCGAGAAGGCCAAAGACAAAUCGAGGGCGAAGGAUUCCAAAGAACGGGUGGGCGAAUUGGAAGCAACCUCCUCGCCUCCUGACGAAUCACGCAAGUCCAGGGACACGAGUUCCAUCACGAAUACAAUUUCCACAUUCGAUUCGGAGCCGCUGGACCGCACAGCCUCGGGCACCAGUGCCCAAAUGUCCUUCGAGAACACGCCAGUCAAGCCGACGUUCAUCUCCAAGCUCACGCGCAAGGCUAGUAGCAAUAAGUUUGGAAGUUGGAAGGACAAGGGAGGUCUGUUCUCCCGAAGAGAGGCGGCUGCACCCAACGGCGAGAACGAGGAAGAGCAGGGGUCCAGUGAGCAUCUUGGGAAGAGUUUGGAGAGUACGUCGACCACGCCGAGCGCGGAAGACAAGAAGUCGAGCCGAAGCAGUUUGAGCAAUUGGAACUUCAUGCGUAAGAGCAAGAAGGGCCGAGAAGAUUUGACGGCCAGCGAGAUCAGCGAGAGUAGUGAAAAAGCCAGUGAGACUGGGGAGGAGAGAGAUGAUGACGAGGCAUGA